UCUUCUAAAAUGGCGUCGUUUCGGCUCCUUUUCGCAAUCUCUCUCGUUGCUCUCAUCCUCUUUGCCACUCUCACUCCUUCGAUCUCCAAGACAACAAAAAAUGACGACGUCGAGGACGACGAGGAUCUCCGUUUCCUCGAAGAAACGGAAGGCAAAAGCGACGUCGGUUCUCCCCACUCUCACUUCAACGAGGAAGACGAGGAUGACCAAUACGGCGACUUAGACGAGGAUGACUUCGGCGACUCCGAUUUGGAUCCGUACAAGGAACCCGAAGUAGACGACAAGGACGUCGUCGUUUUGAAGCAAGGGAACUUCAGUGAUUUCAUUGAGAACAACAAGUUCGUGAUGGUUGAAUUCUACGCGCCUUGGUGUGGGCACUGCCAGGCGUUGGCUCCCGAGUACGCUGCGGCAGCGACGGAGUUGAAAGGGGAGCAAGUUGUGUUGGCCAAGGUGGAUGCCACGGAGGAGAAUGAUCUGGCUCAAGAGUACGACGUGCAGGGUUUCCCCACUGUUUAUUUCUUUGUUGAUGGGGAGCAUAAGCCGUAUCAUGGUGCUAGAAACAAGGAGGCCAUAGUGACCUGGAUUAAGAAGAGGAUUGGACCUGGUCUAUACAACGUUACUGCCAUUGAAGAAGCUGAACGCAUCUUGACCUCUGAAGCUAAAGUUGUCUUGGGUUACUUGAACUCUUUGGUGGGUCCUGAGAGUGAGGAGCUGGCUGCAGCUUCACGUCUCCAAGAUGAUGUCAGCUUCUAUCAAACUGUGAAUCCUGAUAUUGCAAAGCUUUUCCACUUAGACCCUCAAGUUAAACGCCCGGCUUUGGUCUUAAUAAAAAAGGAGGCUGAGAAAAUAAACCACUUCGAUGGACAGUUUGUCAAGACUGCAAUAUCCGAGUUUGUAUUUUCCAACAAGCUUCCUUUGAUUACCAUAUUUACUAGGGAAAGUGCUUCUUCAGUUUUUGAAAGUGAUGUUAAGAAACAGGUGUUGUUGUUUGCCUCAUCAAACAUUUCGGAGAAGUAUAUCCCAUCAUUCCAAGAAGCGGCGAAAUUUUUCAAGGGAAAGCUUAUCUUUGUUUAUGUGCAAGUGGAUAAUGAUGAUUUUGGAAGACCCGUUGCAGAUUAUUUCGGUGUAACUGGAGAUGGUCCGAAAAUCAUUGCAUACACUGGAAAUGAAGAUGGUAGGAAGUUUGUCUUUGAUGGAGAUGUGACAUUGAACAAAAUUAAGGCUUUUGGGGAAGGUUUUUUAGAAGACAAGCUUAAACCUUUCUAUAAGUCCGACCCGAUUCCCGAAACUAAUGAUGGGGAUGUGAAAAUAGUUGUUGGCAAUAACUUCGAUGCAAUCGUUUUAGAUGAGUCAAAGGAUGUACUUCUUGAGAUCUAUGCACCUUGGUGUGGCCAUUGCCAAGCGCUCGAGCCCACAUACAACAAGCUUGCCAAACAUCUACGCGGAAUCGACACUCUGGUUAUUGCUAAAAUGGACGGGACAACAAAUGAACAUCCUAGGGCAAAGUCGGAUGGGUUCCCGACGAUUCUGUUCUUCCCAGCAGGAAACAAGAGUUUUGAUCCUAUCACUGUGGACACUGAUCGAACCGUGGUGGCAUUUUACAAAUUCCUCAGGAAACACGCUUCCGUCCCUUUCAAGCUCCAAAAACCAGUUUCAGCACCCAAAGGGGAACCAGAAACUAAGACUGGUGAAUCCAAAGAGAGCAGCAAUGCUGAUUCAAAAGAUGAGCUGUAACUUAUAAGAUAAUCAGAGGAGAGAGUAAAAUGAGGAAUUCAGUUGUUGAUGACAUCCUAAGUUAUUGUAUUCAACGGUUCAAUCUUUUUUUUCCAGGAUAAACAAUUGCCAUAUUUAUACUUUGAGAAUAAUGGCAUUUCUCAAUUAAUUAUUGAAAUGACAUUUCUUUCACAUACACG